CUUGCGGACGGAGCAUCGGAGCAUCCAUCGCGGUCCGGCCGGAAGCCCCCGUCCUCGGCUCGGAGACCCUGCCCGCUGGGCCGGGCGCACGCCUCCCCUGAGCAGCAGGGCCCCCACAGGGGCGGCCACCCCGCUGCCCCCGGGAUGCCCAGCAGGACGGUCCGCUAUGUGGCCUACAGCCCUCGGCAGCGGCGCCGGCGGAUGCUGGCCCAGCGCAGCGUGCGCUUCCCCAACGACGUGCUGUUCCUGGACCACGUCCGCCAGGGCGACCUGGAGCAGGUGGGGCGCUUCAUCCGGGCUCGCAAAGUGGCCCUGGACACCCUCUACCCCUCAGGCCUGGCAGCCCUGCACGAAGCAGUCCUGUCUGGGAACCUGGAGUGCGUGAAGCUGCUGGUCAGGUACGGGGCAGACAUCCACCAGCGCGACGAGACGGGCUGGACGCCCCUGCACAUCGCCUGCAGCGACGGGUACCCCGACAUCGCCAGGUACCUCCUCUCGCGGGGAGCGGACAGGAAGGCGGCCAACGACGACGGCGACCUGCCCGCCGACCUCAUCGACCCCGACUUCAAGGACUUGGUGGAGCUCUUCCAGGGCACCGGCAUGGGCUGAGCCGGCCCGCCACGC